CCUCCUUAAAACUCGUACAUGUGAGCGCGCACUCGGUCAAGCUCAGAGUGGAGCAAUCGGGAGUGAGAUCAUGUGAGAGUCCACGCGUCGGAAAAGUAGGUUAGCAGGGUAGACUGAGAGGAAAGCACUGAGAGGCAGUCACAGCGAGAAGGGGGGUUAGAGAUUGCGACUCCAGCAAGCCAAGGCAAACCACCGUGGGAGCAUUCUGUCAAAAGUUACCAAAAUAGUGCAUCCAGGCGUUAACAUGCAAGAGAAUUCUGCUAACUGCUCUCAUAUAUUCUUUACGAUUCCAGACUUCCAGCGUUGAAGGAAGGAAGCACUUGAGGGAAUUUAAAACCACAUGUUGGCUCGUCGAGUUUUGUCUAGUCACAACAACAACAAAAAAUCAAAAUGAGAGCUCAAAUUGAGGUGAUCCCCUGUAAGAUCUGUGGGGACAAGUCGUCAGGAAUCCACUAUGGAGUCAUCACCUGCGAGGGCUGCAAGGGAUUCUUCCGGCGCAGCCAGCAGAACAACGCUGUGUACUCGUGUUCCCGCCAGAGGAACUGUCUGAUCGACCGAACCAACCGCAACCGCUGCCAGCACUGCCGACUGCAGAAAUGUCUGGCUUUAGGCAUGAGCCGUGAUGCGGUGAAGUUUGGCCGCAUGUCUAAGAAGCAGCGUGACAGCCUGUACGCCGAGGUCCAGAAGCACCAGAAGUCCCAGGAGAGCGGGGGCUCUGUCGCUCUGUCCCUCCCCAGGGAGGAGGGCGUGUGCGCGGGGAGUGGAGACGACUGCGAGGGGGGCCUCAGCCGCUCCUACAGCAGCGGGGGCUCCAGCUCCACCCUCAGUGACCUGGACGACAUUGCGGCCCUGCCUGACCUGUUUGACCUCCCGCUGACCCCUGAGGAGGCCAACCAGUACUGCAGCCUGGAGCUGCUCGGCGGGGGGGGGGGAGCCAGCGCGGGGAACACCUCCAACUCCUCCUCGUCUUCGUCGACGUCUUCGUUGUCGAAUCAGAAUUCGCCGCAGCAAGACCUGCUGGACGUCGGUGACGGCAACGGGAUCAAGCACGAGUACCAGCUCCUGCACACUCACACACACACGCUGCUGGCACACACACGCACGGCCCUGCUGGAAGCCCUGCCGGAGGACUGCUCCCUCAUGGAGAUAGAGCGUAUCACACAGAGCGUGGUUAAGUCACACGUGGAGACAAGUCAGUACAGCGCUGACGACCUAAAGAGACUUACCUGGGUGCAGUACACACCUGAGGAGACGCGCUCCUACCAGAGCAAGCCUGCAGAGUGGAUGUGGCAGCAAUGUGCCCACCACAUCACCAAUGCCAUCCAGUAUGUGGUGGAGUUUGCCAAACGCAUCACAGGCUUCAUGGAUCUCUGUCAGAACGACCAGAUCAUACUGCUCAAAGCAGGCUGUCUGGAAGUCCUGUUGAUACGCAUGUGCCGGGCAUUCAACGCCACCAACAGCACCAUGUUCUUUGAUGGCAAGUUUGCCACAGCCCAGCUCUUCAAAGCUCUCGGGUGUGAUGAUCUGGUCAGUGCGGUGUUUGAUCUGGCUAAAGGCCUUUGCCGCCUGCAGCUGACGGAUGAGGAGAUGGCAUUGUUCAGUGCCGCUGUGCUGCUGUCUCCUGACCGAACGUGGUUGACGGAUGGUCAGAAGGUCCAGAAGCUGCAGGAGAAAGCCUAUCUCGCUCUGCAACACAGUCUCCACAUGAGUGGAGCUGACGACAAGAAGCUAGACAUGAUGGUGUCCAAGUUACCUAUGAUGAAGUCCAUUUGCAACCUCCACGUCGACAAACUGGAGUUCUUCCGCUUGGUACAUCCAGAGAUUGCGUACAACUUUCCCCCAUUGUACCGGGAAGUGUUUGGCAGCGAGAUGUCUCUCCCUAACUCCAACAGCUAGACUAUGAGAAGGAAAAGAGAGCGAGAGUGUGUUAGUGUAUGCGGAGGUAGGCAAAGGAUGAGACUGACAUCCAUAUUAAACCUGAAACAACCAGCAGUUAGAAGACAAUCCAGGAUUGAGAUACUCAGUCUCCCAAUGAUCUCAUGCUAAUCCUCUACAAUCCCGGCAAGCACUUUUCACUGCAGACCACAACAUGAUCAUGGUCCUUUCUAUAUUGUAGCGAGCUGAUGGGGUGAAUUGAUCAAACCACACAGCAUUGAUCAAACCACACAGCAUUACAAAGCUCCAAGCACUUACAACAGCUUUGGAUCUUCCCUCAAACCUAAUCAUGAAUGUACCUCACUGACGCUCCAAAGCACCAGCCAAAUCCCUACACAGAAUGUACUGACUCGGGGACAGGAACAUGAUGGGGACCUUAUGCUAACUGUAGGGGUUAUAUUCUUCAUAGUUCUGUAUACACUGUCUCACUUGUAGCCAUUAGUAGAUAUACAGUAAAGACUUACUGUAUAUUGACCAGCUGUAAGGGACCAAGUUCAUCCAACAGUCACUGUUGUGUAACUUGUGUUAAAGGAGAUGCAUCAGUACUUUGUGCUGGCCUGUAUUGAAUAUAAUUUUCCACCUGUUUCUAGGAAAACACAAAAUGGUAUAUAUCCAUAUGUGUAUGUACACAUUUACACACAUACACUCACACACAGUGUUUGGUGCUGCCCUUUUGUAGGCUUUUAUAAUGCAAUGAGAAACCUCAAUCCCAUACCCCUUCCCUUGUAAAUGCCACUCACACAGAAAGAGAUAAACAAUUAUCUAUAAUUUAUAUACACAUUUAUACAUAAAUAUUUUAGAAUUAAGAAUGUAUAUAUGCAGAGUGUGUAAAUGAGAUUCAGAAAGAGACAGGGAGAAAGGCAGAUAGAUUUGGACCGAGAGGAAUGGAAAAAUGGACCCGGGAAAUCCAGUCUUUUGGACUCUAGUUCUGGAACAUUUCCCUUUUUCUUGACACUUGGGUUUCCACAGCAACAUCCACCAAGUCAUGGCAGGACACUCUACUGAGUUUGUAUGACGGUGAGAGAUGGCCCAGUUACAUGGAGGCAGGAACUGUUUUUUCCAGAUCAGCAUUUCAAUAAGUUCCAUUCUAAAUCUGUAUUAAAUUACCAGUUUGUAGAAGAGAGAAAUGAAGGCCACAGGAGGACACAAAGGAGAAGCAACCUGAUUAAAGAAGAGUCCAUGAACUUUUAAGUAAAGCAGAGACGAGGGAUGUGUUGCCCUUCGUAUUUGAUGACAAGCUUUAGCUAACCUACAGGUUUGAGCCACAGUGGAUGUUCUGUAACACUUCUUACUGGUUAGAGCUACAGUUUCAUUUUUGUACAUUUUGCUGUUCCUCUUCCCAUGACACAUGUCCUUUCCCCUCUCAGUAGACACUACUAUUACAGUAGUCUAUGGCCAGCUGUCCCCCUGAAGCAGGCAUCGAUGCUAAAUAUAGGUGUGUCUGAUUUGACUAUAUGUAUAAGAACUCAAACCUGUAAAGGUUCACAACUGACUCAGCCACUCUGGGGAGGGGCAGCUGGGCACUUUCUUAGGAUCCCACUUGUUGCCAGUGACUUCUGCUAGCCUUGUACUUCACUCCCGACACCUUUGCACCUCAGCCAAGCCCAUAACCAUGAUCACUGUGGACGUAAGCUCUAUUUUUGUGAAUGUUACUCACAAAGUGUCAAAAACCCUUCUCCCAAUAUUGUAACUGAAUACGUUUUACAAGACAUAGGAUGCACAGAAUAUACAUUUUACAAAACAUGGGAUGCUAAAGAAAUCACUUUGAUAGUAUUAAAGAUGAAUUUGGUUUGGAGGGUUUAAUGUAUAUAUUUUGUGAUUGUUAUUCCUCUGUUGGUCCUUUAUUGUUUUCUCAUUUUAUGUAUCCACUGUUUUGUCGUGUAAAGUAAGUGAUCUAUUUUUUUAAAAAGACUAGUAAAAUUCUGAAUAAAAAAUAAUAGUUUGUUACCUCUCUCAUCCCCCAAGACACAAGAUUAUUAGUCCAAGAGUCACACAGCUUGAUAUUGUUGUACAAUGGGAUACAUUACAUGUGCUUUUAAGAAUGUAAUAAAGGUUUUUCUUUU